AGAGUAACCCUGAAAAACAACACCCAGUUUGGACCAGUGUGGUGUGUUCCCUUAAACUUUUCCUUCUUUUUUUUCAGCAGGAAGUGCAAACCAGAUUUUAUUUCCAGAGUGCGCCUUGCAGAUCUAUCAAUCUAUCUAUCUACAGUAUCGAUCAUGUCGGACGUGCAGGGAUUCCACAUUAAUUCUCCUCUCAUUGAGAGCAUUAGUAUGUCCAAGCGGCUUGACUCCCCUGUUUACCUCAAGAUGGAAAACGUCCAGCCGUCUGGUUCGUUUAAAAUCAGAGGAAUCGGACACCUGAUUAAACAGCUUGCAGGUUCAAAGUCAAAUGGUGUAAUCUGUUCUUCAGGUGGAAACGCAGGCUUGGCUACAGCAUAUGCAGCACGCAAGCUCAACAUCAUGGCCACCAUCGUCGUGCCUUCGUCCUCUCCGAAGCUGGUGGUGGAGAAACUGCUGGACCAUGGUGCCAGUGUGCGAGUCGCAGGUAAGGUGUGGGACGACGCGAACGCAGAGGCUCUUCGUCUGGCUGAAAGCGAAAACUUCAUCCUGGUGCCACCAUUUGAUCAUCCUCUGGUCUGGAAGGGACAUUCAAGUCUGGUCCACGAGCUGAAGGCGGGUCUGCCGUGUGAGCCGGGCGCCGUGGUGCUGUCCAUCGGAGGCGGCGGACUUUUCUGCGGAGUCGUUCAAGGCAUGGAUGAAGUCGGCUGGGGUCAUGUCCCCAUCCUCUGUAUGGAGACUGUGGGAGCAGAUUGUCUCAAUGCAGCCAUAAAAGCUGGACAUUUAGUCACUUUACCAGACAUUACGAGCGAGGCUAAAUGUUUAGGAGCGAAGACAGCUUGCAGUCAGGCGUUCGAAUAUAGCAAAAGACCAAACGUCAUCUCCGAGCUAGUGACUGACCGACAGGCUCUGCAGGCGGUUGAGCUCUUCCUCGAUGAAGAGCGUGUGUUAGUGGAGUUAGCGUGUGCAGCUUCGUUGGCCGCGGUGUACAACGGUGUGAUACAGCGGCUGCAGGACGAAGGUCGUCUGCGCAAACCGCUCGGCCCGCUGGUCGUCAUCGUGUGCGGAGGAAGCAGCGUUAACCUCGCACAGCUGCAGCACCUGCGCAGCGUCUGCAAGUGAUCACGCUUUUCCCAUGGUGCCUAGAGCACAUGUCGUGUCAUGAAUCUAAUAUGACUAAAACAAACUUUAAUUACAUUUAGCAUCAAUUGCUAACCAAACUACCAGUGGCGCUGCUAUACUCUCUACAUUAUAUAAAGGCACAGCGUUGGUGGAGACGGGACCAAGCGCUUAUUAAUACCAACCAUCACCUUAAACAUGUUGGUUGAUUAUUAAGGUGGGGUCGGGGUGGGGCUGGGGGAACAGUUUUGGUUUGGCGGACUCCUCACACCUCGUCUUUUAUUUUUUUAAUUCUUCAGCGGGGUCAGCAGAUGGCGCUGCUGCAUUUCUAAUACUAAUUAUUACAUUUUUUAAAAAUAAUGUAAUUAAUAUAAUUUUAUAACGGAUUGACCAUUAAUACUGAUUUUUAGCAUCAAAGUAUUGUAAUCUGAGUCAAGCAUAUUAAUGAAAUAGUUUUAAUUAAAAAACUACCAGUGGUUCUGCUAUACUGCUAUAUGUCGAUGCUAAAAUGCUGUUAUAAAUACACAGUGGUGUUAAAAACAGGACAAAAUGAUUAUUAAUACUAAUUAUUAAAAAAAAAACUCACACCUCUGAUAUGUAUUUUAUUUUUAAUUCUCCAUUGCGGUCAGCAGAUGGUGUUGCCGCAUUUCUAACGCUAAUCAUUAAAAAUGUAAACAAUAUAAUUAAUAGAUUUUUAUAAUGUGGUGACCAGUAAUAAUCAUGUUUAACAUCAAUGUGUCAUGAACUGACUGAAGCAUAUCUAUGAUAUAGUUUAAAUUAAAGAAAAAACAUGUAAUUACUGUGUGCCUUAUCUAAUCAAUGAAUAAAUCAAAUAAUUACUAUAAUAAAAUAGUCAAUAUUAA